AUGCUAAUUACCUUGGGACUGCUUACCUCCGUACUUUCUUUCCUAUACAUGGCAGCUCCAGUUAUCAGGAAGUUCUUUGCUGGUGGGGUGUGUAAAACCACUGUGCAGCUUCCUGGGAAGGUGGUAGUGAUCACAGGCGCAAAUACAGGCAUUGGCAAGGAGACGGCCAGAGAGCUCGCUCGAAGAGGAGCCAGAGUCUACAUUGCCUGCAGAGAUGUGCUGAAGGGGGAGUCUGCUGCCAGCGAAAUCCGAGCAGAUACGAAGAACUCCCAGGUGCUGGUGCGAAAACUGGACCUGUCAGACACCAGAUCCAUCCGAGCCUUUGCUGAGGGCUUUCUGGCAGAGGAAAAGCAGCUCCAUAUCCUGAUCAAUAAUGCAGGCGUGAUGAUGUGUCCAUAUUCCCAGACAGCUGAUGGCUUUGAGACUCACUUGGGAGUCAACCACCUGGGCCACUUCCUUCUCACCUACCUGCUCCUGGAGCGGCUGAAGGGGUCUGCCCCUGCUCGGGUGGUGAACCUGUCAUCUGUGGUCCACCACAUUGGCAAGAUUCACUUCCAUGAUCUCCAUGGUGAGAAGUACUAUAGCCGGAUCUUUGCCUAUUGCCACAGCAAAUUAGCCAAUGUGCUUUUUACUCGACAGCUGGCCAAGAAGCUCCAAGGCACCGGAGUCACCACUUUUGCAGUGCACCCGGGCGUCGUCCGCUCAGAGCUGGUCCGGCAUUCAUUCCUCCUGUGUCUGCUCUGGAGGCUCUUCUCCCCAUUCGUCAAGACAGCGCGCGAGGGUGCGCAGACCAGCCUGCACUGUGCGCUGGCUGAGGGCUUGGAACCCCUGAGUGGCAAGUACUUCAGUGACUGCAAGAGGACUUGGGUAUCUCCAAAGGCCCGGAAUAACGAGACAGCUGAACGCCUGUGGAAGGUCAGCUGUGAGCUUCUAGGAAUCCAAUGGGAGUAGCUGGUGAAAGAGCCACAGCUUUGUCAAACCCAGGCCAUGCCGCCAUUAAAGAGGACACAAAGAAGAAGGCCAGCCUCACGGACUGUCUUCCUGGCUGGACGCUGCUGC